AUGAAUUUCAGUGAUACCACUCCUUCCUCCACAAGCAUGGGCUUGUCCUCGUCGGACUCGGCCAUGCUGGAGAUGCUGGUGCCGGGGUAUACUUUCAUCUCACGCAUCCUGCUGUCCUACCUUCACAUUGAUCUCACUCUUUACCUACAACAACUCGUAGUGCUGGCAGUACUUGGUGCUGCCUUGCGAUACGUUUCCAUCUACAUCACUGGCUUUUUCAAAGAAUAUCUCGUUUCCACAGCGGAGAUUCGGCUUGAUGAUGAGAUAUUCAGUUACUUCAUGUACUGGAUCUCCCGCCAGCCUCACAUGAAACGCACCAAUCGUUUUGUCGCAGGUGUCAAGUCAAAUGGCUAUCUCAGUGACUCUGAUGAGUCAGACAAUGAUGAUAACCCAGACCCGACCGAGGGAGAGUGGAAUGAGUCCGGUAAUACCGAAGGAGGAGAAUCAUUCGAUGAAUACUGGGCCAAGGUUAUCAGUCGUGACAAAUACAAGCCCUUACGAUUUACCCCAUCCCAAGGCCGACAUAUCUUCUGGUACAAGAACCGACCUUUGAUGCUCGAGCGCCAGAAGGAGCACACUACCAACCGCUACGUGUUGAUCAACGAGCGGCUCUAUCUGUCCUGCCUAGGUCGCGAUGCAUCGAUUCUUCGAGAUGUACUCAAUGAAGCGCAGCAGGCCUAUGUCGAGCGUGACGGAAACCGUACUAUCAUUUAUCGAGGUCAUCGAUACUACUCUGGUGGUUCCUGGAACUGGACUCGGUGUAUGGCUCGAUCCCCGCGUCCUUUGUCCACUGUCGUUCUUGACCCAGAGCAGAAGCAGGAUUUCCUUGACGACAUUAAGGAAUACCUUCACCCGCGUACUCGUCGCUGGUAUUCUAAUCGUGGAAUUCCUUAUCGUCGGGGUUAUCUACUACAUGGUCCACCCGGCACAGGCAAGACCAGUCUCUGCUUCGCUGCAGCAGGUCUACUAGGGCUGAAGCUUUACCUCCUUAACUUGAACUCCAAGGCCCUUGACGAGGACAACCUCGGCUCCUUGUUUUCCGAAUUGCCUAAUCGUUGUAUCGUUCUCCUCGAGGACGUCGACACUGCAGGAAUUACCCAGACUCGUGGAAAGCCAGUUGCCAAGACUGCUAAUGAGGCGAAUGGUGAAGUUGAAAUCGAGGAGAUUGACGAUAUCACUGCUGUUGAUGAAGUCGCUAAACCCGAUAAGGCUGAUGGAAUCAGCUUGUCUGGUCUGUUGAAUGUUAUUGAUGGUGUUGCUGCUAGCGAAGGUCGUAUUCUUGUGAUGACCUCGAAUCAUCCAGAAAAACUGGAUGCUGCCCUUCUUCGCCCUGGUCGUGUGGAUAUGAGCAUUGCCUUUGGUUAUGCAGGUGAAGCAGCUAUCAAAGAGCUCUUUACCUCAAUUUAUUUCACUAUGGAUGGGGAUUCUCUUCGAAAGAAUGGAUCCCGCCGUCACAGAACUGAACUUGUGAAGCAUACCAAUGGCAGUGCUCUGACUCCUAACGGGGUGAAGAAAAGCAAGAGCCAGGAGCUGCUGGAGGAAGCGGAGAAGGAGCACCAGGAAUCUUUGGAUGCUUUGCGCUCCCGAAUCUCUGCUCUCGCAACACAGUUUGCUUCCAUCAUCCCUCUGAAGGAAUUCACAGCCGCCGAGAUCCAGGGUUAUUUGCUUCAUCACAAGAGUACUCCGGAGAAAGCCAUCCAGGGUGCAGAGAAAUGGGUACAGUCUUUACGUGAGAAGAAGAAAUUGCGAGAAGAAAAGUCUGUCUAG